AUGGCGCUGCAACUGAAGAACGGGGAUGCAGCGUACUACCAGAGUGCGGAUUACUGCAGAAAUUACACUUCGCCGCCUGUCAGCUACGGUGACAGCAGCCAUUAUCUUGCCCGUUUGCCAGGACAUGAGACCAUGUUGAAGCCUCCUCUGAGUCUCUUCAGCCAUCCCCAGCAGCCUUUCCACCACAUGGACUCUCUGCACCAGCUGGGACCUCCGCCAAUGGCACCUACGCAGCCUCUCGGCCCACCACCCCUUGCCCCUGCUCAGGCAAUUGGACCCCCGACUAUGGUUCCUACCCAGACUCUAGGCCCCCCUCCCAUGCCUGCUACUCACACGUUAAGACAUCCUCACAUUACUCCACCACACAGCUUAGGCCCCCCGCCGAUGGCCCCAGUUCAGCAUCUGGGUCCUCCACCAAUGGCACACACCUUGGGUCCCCCACCUGUAGAUCACACACAAGCAAUAGUGCCUCCCACCAUGGAACUCAUACAACCGUUGGGGCCUCCACCUCUGAAUCCUGCACAAGCACUGGUGCCCCCACCUGGGGUCGGCCGAUUCCCCCUCCCUCCCCGCCCCAUGUCCUCCCCUCCUGCUCCAGGCCCAGACCCUUCACACCUGCUCCCAAUGCCCCCAGGACCGGCCCUCAUACAAGCCCCGAUGUCCUGCCUUAUCCCUGGUCCUCUCCCGGGACAGGCAGCCCCAGCCAGCGAGCAGCCGCAGGAUGAGGGCUCUCUGCUGGGGAUGGAGGAGCAGGAAGACUCCCUGGGGUUGGGGGAACUGUGUAAACCACUGUACUGUAAACUCUGCAAUGUUACCCUCAACUCUGCACAGCAGGCACAGGCUCACUAUCAGGGGAAGAACCACAGUAAAAAGCUAAGAAAUUUCUACGCUGGCAGCCAGCAGCCUCCAGCCAUCAGGAUCCCAGAAGUCCUCGAGGCGACUGGCCAGACAUCCCUCUGCUCAGGAUCAAACGACAGUGACGCAGGCAGGCAGCAGGCGCAGUAUAAGGGGGCGACCCGGGUCAUCUUGGCCACAGAGAAUGACUAUUGUAAGCUGUGUGAUGCCUCGUUCAGUUCACUGGCAGUUGCACAGGCCCACUACCAGGGAAAGAACCACGCCAAGAAACUACGACUCGCUGAGGCCCAACAGAACUCCAAUAACAUGGAGGGCAGCAAUGAGGCAGCCCAAAGAAGAAACAGGAAAGAUGGCAGUGAAUACAGACUGGUGAAAAACCGCCGUAGCCCACAGCUUCCUGCUGCCAUGCCAGGGCCGUACUACAACCCCAGACCGAGGCAGCGCAUUCCCAGGGACUUGGCCAUGUGUGUGACUCCCAGUGGACAGUUCUACUGCUCCAUGUGCAACUGCGGAGCCGAGCAGGAGACAGACUUCAGGCAGCAUCUAGAGAGCAAGCAGCACAAAGCAAAGGUGUCGGAGUUAAGAUACCGCCACGAGAUGGAGAACCUCGGCUACAGCUAA